AUGGCGCCUCCAUCAUUUCGCGAGAUUGUGGGAAUACCGGCUUCAACAGCAUCGACGAACGACUCUUGUUUGUUGAUUAUUGAUGCGCAGAAUGAAUAUGCAUCUGGAGCGCUUAAAGUCACCAACGCAGCCGCGAGUGGAAAGGUCAUCGCAGACUCGUCGUCAAAGGCGCAGUACCGUGAUCUAGCUUUCGGACGAACGAUAAAAAUUAACACAUGCUACCAUCAGGAUGGCGAAGAAACGAUCUGGAAGCUAUUUCCUGGCGCCUUCGAGCAAACGUCGCUGCAUGAGACGUUGCAGAAGUGGGGAGUCAAGAAAGUCGUGCUAACAGGCUAUAUGGCGCAUGUGUGCGUCUCGACGACCGCAAGAGAAGCCUUCCAAAAAGGGUAUGAGGUGAUUCUAGUUGAAGAUGCCAUCGGCGACCGCGAUAUCCCGGGCGUGCAGGGGGACGAAGUGACGAGAGUGGCAUUGGCGGAGCUUGGGGAUGUUUUCGGAACUGUUGUUAAGAGUGCUGACAUCGAGUAG